AUGAGGAAAAUGUAUCGUCCAGAUCUGAUGCCGAUGACUCUCACGUCGAUGAGAGCAAAGAAGAUACCUGACUGCAGAUGGUCGAUACCGAAAGAUGUCGUCACAUGUCAGGCACCAGCCGAAGAAACUGCAGCCAAUUUGUGGCGAAUAAAAGGCUUACAAAAUGCUGAUCACGUCUCUUGUUACGCUAACGCAACAAUCCAGUGUAUCUUACACUGCAAAACACUGAGAGACCAUUUAUUGCGUCAGAAUGAAAUAGAUGAUGUCUUGAGAACGUUAAUUAAUGAUUAUGCUAACUCAGAAGACCCGGUGAAUGUAUACACCGCUAGAAGACUUGCGGGUGAACAGUUUACUGCGAAUAAGCGGCAAGACGCGUCCGAAUUUUUAACCGGUCUAAUUUCUAAUCACAAUGACCUUAGCACGAUUGUUGAGCAUCAGCUGACGAUAAAACUACUCUGCAAAAAUUGCGGUUACACUAAUACCUUAAUCGAACGCAGUAUAAUAUUGUCAUUGGCACUGCCUAAACUUUGCAAAAAAACACCAAGGUUAUCGGACAUAUUCAACGAUAAUCUAUCGCACUGGAAAACGGUAAAAGGAUCGUGCGGUACUUGCAAAUCGGAAGAAAUGUGCGCGAAAACUGAAAUAUUAUCAUUAAACAGCUGUUUAAUUAUUCAGCUGAUGCUAUUUUCGAUAAAAAACGGAGAAGUUAUGAAAUCGAACAAUUACAGCAUAAAAGCAGUACCCACGGAGAAAAUUAUGAUCUGCGCUAAAAGUUAUAAAGUAGAUAGUGCAAUUUUCCACCAUGGCCGCAACAUAACGGAAGGACAUUAUACAAGCAUGCUACGAGAAGGGACGUUCGCCUGGGUGAACGCUAAUAACGAGAAUAUCAGGAAGCAAACCUGGCCAAGAAAUGCAAAGGACGGAUACAUAUUCUUCUUGCGACAAAUUUAA